AUGACCGCUAUCAAUUCCACCAGGCCAAAGGAAGUCACCUUGAAAAGAAAAUUGAUGCGGCAAAAACGAUGCCGUCGGAAAUCAAGUCUGAUGAAAAAGGCAUAUGAAUAUAGUAAAAUGUGCAAUGCAGACGUAUGCGUGGGAAUUCGUAUCCGAGAGACGGGCCAGAUACAUAUCUUAUCGGCGGAUACCUCGGGAUUUUGGGCUUUCCUUGGCUCGCAAUUGAGCUCCUAUUACCCAGCCCCAAUACUAGUGACAGACAAGGAUCUGCACCAGCUUGAUAAAGGUACACCGUAG